GUACAUUUAGGAUACUUCACCGCUCGUAAAAGCAUAUUUUCUAUAAAGAAAUAAAUAAAUAAUAUGAGAUAUACCGGUAUUAAAUUGAAAUAGUUUGAUAAAUAUUAUUAUAUUUAAUUGUUUAUAAUUAUAAUGGACAAUAUAUUUAUGUAACAUUGAUAAAUAUGAGUGCUAAGCCAUUGAGAAAUAGUAAAGGUGUAAAUAAACCCUUUCGGUCUCCAUUUAGUACCCCUCAAAAUAAUGAUAAAAAAGAUAACAUAAGUGCACCAGAAACAAGUACAUAUAAAACACCAUUAAAAGUAUCUGUAGCUAAAAGACUGCUUUUUCAACAAUCUCCUUCUCCUAAAAAAUUAUAUUUAGACACAGAAAAUUGUAACAAGGAGAUUGACAUUGAAGCAAAAGAAAAAUUAUAUCAAACUGAUUUAGAAUUAUUGAGAAAGAGUAUACAGGAGAAAGAAGAAACUAUUAAAAUUUUGGAAACUGAGUUGUCAUAUAAAAAAAAGAACAAAGCAGAAAAUUUAGAAGAUGCUAUAAAAAAGUGGACAGAAUGUUGUCAAAGUGCUCUUAUAGACUAUCAAAAAAUUUUGCAAGGAGGUGGUCAAAUAGUAAAAAUGUCUGAAAUUUUGUCAUCAUUUAACAUUAAUCCUGAUAUAGUUCAUUUCUCUAUUAAUGAUGAUACAUUUUAUUAAUUAAAUAUUAAAAAAGAAAUACCCUAUAAUAAUUUGUAUUGUAACUAUUUUAUUGUUAUAUUUUUAUAAUACAUAUGUACAUAUCUUAAAUAAAAAUGGAUCAGUAGAAAUGUGAAA